AUGGCUCGUCUGCGAAGAAGGACUUGUGUGGCUCUGUUUCUAAUCACUCUUUUUGUGCUUGGAACUAUGAUGGGAUUAAGAACUCUCAAACCAAGUGAUGGAUUCUCGAAUUUGUCCGCCGGGGUUGACGUGUUGCCGGUAAUAGCCGAUAAAGUUAAUAGGCGCUCCGUCACAAAUGUCCUGCCCUCGUUCGGUCAAGCACACAUAGAAUCAAGCAACACAAAACUAGCGGGGUCAAACUCUAGUCCGGAGAAGGGUAUAUUCUAUGAUGUUCAUAUCUUUUACUACAUGUGGUAUGGGAACCCAGAGAUGGAUAAGAGAUACCUGCAUUGGGACCACAUAUUGGUACCUCACUGGGACCCCAAAAUUGCUGCCAGCUAUCCAAAAGGAAAGCAUGCACCACCAGAGGACAUUGGCUCUAGUUUCUACCCUGAACUGGGGCCAUACAGCUCGAGGGACCCAGAGGUAUUGGAGUCACACAUGGAGCAAAUUGGAGAGGCAGCAGCAGGUGUUUUGGUGCUCUCGUGGUAUCCUCCGGGUUUUGCUGAUGGCAGUGGGGAACCCACUGAAGACCUGGUACCCUUGAUCCUCGAUGCAGCCCUCAGGCACAGUUUAAAGGUGGCAUUUCAUAUCCAGCACUACAAAGGAAGGACUGAUCAUAGUGUAUAUAACAGCAUCAAAUACAUCAUUGACAGGUAUGGAGAUCACAGUGCUUUUUAUCGCUUCACUACCAGCAAUGGGAAAGCCCUGCCUCUUUUCUACAUCUACGACUCAUACCUGACUCCUCCUGAGGCCUGGGCAGAAAUGCUGAGCCCCACUGGCUCCCACAGUCUGCGAGGCACGCUGUAUGACAGUGUCUUCAUCGCACUGAUUGUGGAGGAGCGGCACAAGCAUGACAUUCUCGCUGGGGGAUUUGAUGGGAUGUAUACUUACUUUGCUUCCAAUGGCUUCUCUUAUGGCUCCUUGCAUCAAAACUGGAAGGGCCUCAAGGCCUUUUGUGACAGCAGCAACCUGCUGUUCGUGCCAAGUGUGGGGCCCGGCUAUGUUGACACCAGCAUACGGCCCUGGAACAACCACAACACUCGCAACAGGGUGAAUGGUCGGUAUUAUGAGACUGCCCUGCAGGCUGUGCUGAAUGUGCGGCCCGAGAUCGUAACGGUUACCUCCUUCAAUGAAUGGCAUGAGGGUACACAGAUUGAAAGAGCAGUGCCUAAGAAGACUGUCACACGCUUGUAUCUGGACUAUCAGCCCUACAAGCCCAAUAUGUACCUGGAGCUGACCAGGAAAUGGGCAGAGAAGUUCAGUAAGGAGAAAGAGGAAUGGCUCAUGUGA